AUGAAUCUAACCAAAGACAUUGAUGGAGCUUAUUCAGCAUUAUACAAAUUGAAUACUUUCGAUGAAGAGGAAAUAGACAAUAUUUAUGAAGACAUCGAAAUAAAACUGAUAGAUACGAAGGUAUCUUCACCAAUUAAGAUCCUUAAAGCAAUCAAUUUAUUAGCGAAAUAUAGAAAUAAAUAUUUUCAUGCAUAUUUGUAUUUAUACAAAAAGUUAAUUGAAAAUUAUGGAUUAAUACAAGAAAAUUCAAUUCCGGCUCUUUUCCAGUACUUCCUAAAUGAGGAGUAUAGUAUUUGCGUUUAUGAAACAAAAAGCAAAGAACUUGAAGAAAUUGAAGAAAAACACUACACUUUGGACAUUCAUGAAGAUAACACAAUUUAUAAAGCCAUUAUGAACGAUCAAAAAGAAAUAUUCAUUUCAUUUAUAGAAAAAGAAGGAUUUGAUGAAACACAAAAACUUAUUAGCGAUUUCUAUCCAGAAUCAGAACAUGGUCUUUCAUUGCUAGAAUUUUGCUGCUAUCAUGGAGCAAUUGAAUGUUUCAAAAUACUAAGAAAACAUUUCGAAAAAAUAAUCCCAUAUAAUUGCCUUCUUUUAGCUUUUUAUGGAGGAAAUCAAAAGAUCAUUAGGAGUUGUUUGAAAUAUAAUGAACCUAAUUCGGAAUGUAUGAAAACAGCCAUUUUCACACACAAUAUUGAUAAUAUUAAUAUUUUGUUGAAUGAAUAUAAUAUUAAUAUUGAAAUGCGUGAUUGCGCUGCUUAUGACAAUAUUCAAGCAUUCUUAAUAUUAUUUAAUCAAUCAAAUGACAUUGACAUAGGUUUUCUAAAUUCAACAUUCUUUAAUAUUCCAACAAUUUGCAAUUACUUCAUUUCCAUUGGUGCAGAUAUUAAAUGGCUGUUUUCUGCACUUCAAAUUGUUGCAGAAUAUGAUAAUAAAGAAACGGCAGAAUUUCUUAUAUCUCAUGGAAUUACCCUUGAAUACUCAAUGCCAUUACACUUUGCGUUAAAGUCAAGUAGUAAAAAAGUGCUAAAAGUUUUAAUUAAGCAUGGAGCAAAUAUUAAUGAUAAAACUAGCCUGGGUUCUCAAGCUAUUCAUUUUGCUGCGGCGUUUAAUGAUGUUAAUAUAGCACAAAUUCUUGUUUCACAUGGUGCGGAUAUCAAUUCUAAAAAUUUUCAAGGUUUGAUUCCUCUUCAUAUAGCAGUAUCGAAUGGUAGAAAAGAGAUGGUGGAAUAUCUUUUAUUGAAAGGUUCAAAUGUUAAUUCAAAAGAUAUUCAUGAUGCAACUCCUCUGCAUUAUGCGGCGUUCAGCAACAAUAUUGAAAUUAUGCAAUUGCUUAUUUCAUAUGGGGCAAAAAUCAACUCGAAAGAUGAAGAAAAGAGAACACCACUUCAUUACGCAGGAAAAUCCAACAGUGCGGAUGCAGCAAGACUUCUUAUUUCAUAUGGUGCAAAUAUUAAUUCAAAAGAUGAUUUAGGUGAUACUCCUCUUCAUAUGGCUGUAGUUAAACAUAACUUUGAAGUAUCACAAGUUCCUAUUUCAUACGGUGCUGAUGUUAACCUUAAAAACAAUUAUGGUUUCACAACUCUUCAUAUUACGGCUUUUUUAAAUUACAAAGAUAUCGCAAUAUUCCUUUUCCAACAUGGUGCAGAUAUCAACAUCCUGGAUAAUAAUAAUAGAACAACAUUAGACAUUGCAAUCAAAUCAUCUUUUAUAGAAACUUUUCUUUAUCUUCAGUAUAAUAUUGCACUCAAAGAAGUGGGAGAAUUGUAG